AUGAGCACUGCUCCUCAAGUCCUCAGGCAAGCAGAAGCUUUAAAGGCAACUGUGGCUGAUCCUAGCAAAAAUGUAUCUGAAGUCUGGGUGUCACGUCAAAAGCUGGAGGACCUCUACAAGAAGUUAUUGAUAAUGGAUCUGGAAUAUGCCUUGGACAAAAAAGUAGAACAAGAUCUGUGGAACCAUGCUUUCAAAAAUCAGAUCAAUAUACUACAGACCCAGGCUAAGGACAAUCAGGUGAGGAAUCCUAAAAGGCUAGAGGUCCAAGCAAGUUUAAAUCUAUUUUUGGAGACAGCUAGUGGAUUCUAUCUUCAGUUACUACAGCUGUUAUGUGCAACCUUCAAGCUAGAUCUGCCUUUCCGGCGGAAGUCUUCAGCCUAUGGGAUUAUGAAAGAAAAAAACCCUUUGAAGGCCAAGAUUACCCCUCCAAAAAAGAACUCUUGUCUCUAUAUCUGCCAGCAUUGCCUUGUUCAUUUGGGAGAUAUUGCCAGGUACCGGCAAGAGGUAGAUCAGGCUCAGACUUAUUAUUGGCAUGCUGCUAACCUUGUACCUUCAAAUGGACAGCCCUAUAACCAACUGGCUAUAUUGGAAGCAGCUCGUGGGAACAAGCUAACAACAGUGUUUUAUUAUAUACGUAGCCUUGCAGUAAGGCAUCCUUUUCCUGUUGCAGCCACUAAUUUGGAGAAAUUCUAUGGCAAACUUGCUAAAGAUUCUACUGACUUUAAGGGCAAGCUCUCAAUGAGUGAAGUGAUUGCAGCUUUUUUACAAUUCCAUGCUCUUAUACACCUGAAUGCUGAUUUUGACAGAGCUGCUGGUCUUUCUGAAAAACUGCUCAGUAGUUUGCCUGCUCAUGUAACAUCACAGAGCUUCUCCACACCCAUGCUCAUCCAGAUCAUUGCUAUCAACCUUUUUACUAUGCACCAUGCUAAACGGCAGAUGAAUGAUGGUGUUUUUGAAGCAACAGGCCAGAAUGAAAAGCAGGAAUACUUAAGUAAAGAUGAGGAGAAAGGCUUUGAAAUGGCUUUCAAUUUCACAGUUUUGCUCCUUGAUAUUUUGUUGCAUUACACUCCCAAGCAAGAACAAAAGCUACGUGACUUCUUUACUCUGCCAGCAAUCAAAAUAUUGCUUGACUGGUUGUGGUCACACCCUCUUUACUUCUGUAACAAUUUUCUUAAGUCCUCAAAUGUUUGGUCCAAUUUAUCUAAGUUGCUAAAUACAGUACAAGACCAACCCUUGAAUGGUGAAUCCCUUGAUCUGCCCAAGUAUUUUGAUAUGCCACUUCCUGAAGAUCAUGAUCUGCGCUGUUUCCAACCAAUUGAAAAAGCACAUAGCAACUAUAAUUUCGAUGUAGGAAAGAAGUGUCCAACCGCUGAAGUGGAAGUUCAAUUAAGAGCACAACGCCUGGUCAAUCAUGGCAAGUGGAUUGUAGAAAAAUGCUCAGAUUUGCGGCUUUUGUCUAUGCAAGUGACCAAGUCUGGACGUCUGCACUUCCAAUCCCCUGGCAACCAACCACCUGUACAAAAUCAACAGCAGCAACAAUAUCGUGUCCCUUGCAGUAAUGCAACAGAUGGUAAGGAGAACAAAGGUGACAUAGGUCAUAGUAAUGUGGAUAAAAAACCAAGUCGUCAAAAUGUUGCCAUACAGGCCAUUAUUCAAAAACAGAAUCAAAAUCCUGACAAGAACUCUCCAGAUAAAGAAGUAAAGAAUAUCAACAAACAAUUGAUGAAAAUCUCCAAUGAUAACCAGAGUAAGGCAUGCAACAUGAAUCCCCAUCGUUACCUGCUGGGUGUACCUACAACAGACCCUCAGUUUAUGAAACCAGGUGGUAAUCGACCUGUUUCCAUAGCCUCGACACAGCAGUCAGUAACUAAGCCUGGUGUAUCCCCACAUUCAACUGCUCCGUCACCUCUUAAUCUCCUUCCUCCUUCCCCAACACCGAACAAUGUCAACACAAACCAAUUUUCACCAUCUUUACAGUACAGAGGACCCAGCCCUUCAUUUUCCUCUCAUGUACCUAUUCCUCCAGUCAAUGUCCGGCAACAGCAACAACAGAUGCAGCAGCAGCAGCAACAGCAGUACCCACCAGUCAGUCAAACUCAGUUUCCUAGGAGAGGACCAUACUUGCCCUCUCAGCCCCCAACCCAGAUCCAAGGGGGUGUAAAUGAGCGAUAUCCUGGUGGGGGAAAUAAUCCUAUGAACCGACUCAUGUCAGCAGGUGGACCCCUCCCUCCCCAGCCAGACUCUAACCAGUUCUCAGUAGGGAAUACAGCUCCUCCUCCUCCCCCUCCACAUUUUACUGGUGGGGGCCUAGUUCGGCCACCACCAUCCCAGCAGCAACAAGGUCCUCAAGCUUCAGCCCAGUCAUCACAAGGGCAAGGUCCAGUCCCUUCAUCCCAAGUCCCAGCUAUACCCCCAAACUUUACCUCAAGCCAAUCCUUUUUACCCCCAUCAUCAAAGUUUUCAGUUGCUGUUCCUUCCCAGCCUCCAAAUGGAGGACCCCUCAGUAAUCACCAGUUUUUGUCAUUCUCCAGUCAACCUCCUCCUCCAGGUCCUUCACAUUAUCCACAAGCCUAUAAUAGUUCAGGAGACAGUCUGAAGGGACAGAAACCAACCAACAAUAUGCAAUGUCAGAAAUCUACACCAUCACCAAUUGGUGGUCCUCUUGGUGGGCCCCAUCAAAAUCCUGUUUCACAUCACCAGCAACAACAGCAAGCUUCACAUCAACAGGGCCUUGGUCAAGGGCAGCCCCAACCUCCCCAGCCACCACAGUCACAGGUACAUCCAGAAUCUCUAAAUAAGUCAUUGUUAAAUCCCUUGGGAACUCUUUCUCAGUCAUUGGGGCUAUCCUUGGCUAACAGUUGCUCUCCUACAGAGGAUACUGACCCUGGUGACUUGCAGCAGUCAUGUGAUGAGUUCAAUACAGAUACAUCAGAAAUCUUAGGUGGCUUCUCACAUUUGGUAGCCAUUCAGCCACCCAAAUCCACUCAGAUAGAAUUUCUGGCCUCUUCCAAGCCUUUCCAAGGACAUGCCGAGGGUGUGCCAAAGCCUGACAGCCCUCCUGCAACCCUAGGGAAAAAUCUUCUUGGUACAGAUAAUGAGUGUUUGUCUGGAACCAGCCAUGAAAUAAACUCUCAGCCUGGCACUUACUCCUUGUUUAGUUCAUCUCCUUGGUCAGUGCAUAUUACAGCUGCUGGAGACUCCAAGAGUCUUGGUUCCUCGCCAUUUUCUUCUCAGGCAAGUAGCAUUCGCAACUCCCCUGAUCCUUUGUCAGAGAAUUAUGGUCCUGAUUCCUCUCUGGUCACUACCAAUUUUGGUAGUUUUGGUUUUACAUUUUCUUCCAGCACUGAUCACUGGGGCACGUCACAGCCAGCUACUGUGCCCCAGCAACCUCCUCCUGCUGCUGCUGCUGCCACCGCUGCUGCUGCUGUUCCCCAACAAAUGCCUACCGGGCCAGCCAGGGUUACACCAUCUUACCUGUUACAUGGAAAUAUCCAGAAUCUUUGGCCAAUUCCUGGCCCUUCCCCACUAAAGAAGCUCCUAGAAGUCCAGAAACAGCAACGUCAAAACGACCCCCAUUGA